AUGGACAGCUUGAUAUCUCUUCUAAGAAAUGGAUUAAGAAUACACAGGUACGAGCUGGCCAAGCAAAAGAAGAAUCUGGACAAGGACUUGGAUCACUCGCUAAAAAGCACCAAAACUUACCUGACGGAAUCGUUGAGAAAGGUAACGAACGAGAUAUUGAAGUACCCUACGCUUCAGGUCAGCCCUGCAGGUAUAUCUAACAUAUUCAAAGCUUACAAGGACUUAGGCUUUGUUGAGGAAGCUGUACAAUUUUGGGAGCAAGGGAAGACUAAUAAUAGACUGAAACCAAUAUUUGAUUCGGAGCCAGUUUUAGGUAGCGUCAUCCACUUCUUGGUUGAUACGGGUGAUUUUGACUUGCAAGAGGUCAAAGAUUUGUAUGAUCAUAUCAAAAGCAAAAAGGCGAAGCUGAAUAAAGGGAAAUCUGACAUUCACCCAGAGUUAGUAGUUGGCAUGAUUAAAGCUUGUCUUGUGAAAGGUGAAAUAGAUGUCGCUGGGGAAUUAUUCCAACAAAUAACAUCUGAUGUCUGCAAAGAAUGCGAAAAUUUGAAUAGAACUCCAUCACCGAAAACGCUGAGUUAUAUGACGAAUGCACAUCUUUCAUUUAUUGCUUAUUCGUCCGAUAUUGCAACCUCAAAUAUGUUUUUUGAAAGCGCUGCGAACGGUCAGUUACCAUACCCUACUCCUCUACAAGUGAAUUACAUAAAGCCAUACAUGAUGAAUCUCUGGCAAUCAACUUAUGAUUUGCAUUCGGUGCAGAAAGUUUGGGAACGAACGUGGAAACAUAACGAGAUACACCAUCGAUCUAAUGCUUCUAUGUCAUCAUCGCUGAAUGAUCUCUUCUUCAAGAUUUUUUUUUCAAGAUACCCUCAUUGCACUCCUGAUGGUGUCAAACAUCUCAAACAGGUGAUUGAAGCUUAUUCAAACGUCAGAUCGAUGGAUGAGCCCUUUUUCAAUUGCCUACUUACAAAUGCUUCAGCUUGGAAUAAUACUGAAGUGUUCCAUACUAUUGUCAAAGCAGCAGACCUAUAUAAUUUCCCGAAAACCAAUGUUUUCUAUCGUUGUUGUUUGAAGGCCUCUGGCUCAGUGAAUUUGAAGGCCCCUGAGAUCAUCAAUUUGGUACAAAGGUUGUUUUCAGCAAAUGUUUCCAUGGGCUACAGAAAAAUUGCCAAUGCGGACUGGCUUGCUAUAAGGGAUGCAACAAUCAACUCUAAGAUAGUAUCGGAAGAAAAAGUUGAUUUGUACUUCAAGCUUUGGAAAAAAUGCUCACCAUAUUUUGCAACUCCAUCUAACUAUUAUUCGUAUCAGCGAGAAGACACGAAACUCAAUGCUGCCUACUCUCACAUCUUCAACAACAUUAGAAAAAUAGAUGCUGAAGAAAUAACAUUGAAUCAACUGGAUUUCUUUGUCAAGGACCACCAGAUAAGUUUGAAGGUUAAUUAA